CAGCUGUGUAUUUCGCCUCGAAAUUCAUAGUGGUGCACGCACGUGUUUGUAUUUUCUACAAAAUUGUUUUAUUGUGAAAAUUUUAACUUAUAUUCGUGCGCAAGAUGGGCAAGAAGAACAAGGGCAGCACGCCCAACCUGGGACGGACGCUGAUCAAAGAUCGUUUUGGCCACACACAGCGUCGCAAGGUGGACAACGACACAAUGCUGCACACCACAGAGCUGCAGGACGGCUACGACUGGGGACGUCUCAAUCUGUCGUCGGUGACGGAGGAGUCCUCGUUUCAAGCAUUCCUGCGCACAGCCGAGCUGGCUGGAACAGAGUUCCAGGCGGAAAAGCUGAACAUCACUUUUGUGAAUCCCAAGCAACGUGUGGGGCUGCUCAGCAAGACCCAGGAGCAGCGAAUGCAUCAGAAGCAUCACGAGCAUCGUGAACAUCUGAAGGUUCCACGUCGCCCUAAAUGGGACAAGAAUACCAGUGCCGAGGAUCUGGAGCGGGCCGAGAACGAGGCGUUCCUCAACUGGCGGCGUGACCUCGCACUGCUGCAGGAGGAUGAGGAGAUCCUAAUGACGCCUUACGAGAAGAAUCUCGAGUUCUGGCGCCAGCUCUGGCGCGUAGUGGAGCGCUCCGACGUCGUCGUGCAAAUCGUCGACGCACGCAAUCCCCUGCUCUUCCGCAGCACCGACCUGGAGAGCUACGUGAAGGAGGUGAAGUCCACCAAGAUGAAUAUGAUUCUGGUGAACAAGUCGGAUCUGCUGACGGAACAGCAGCGCAAACAUUGGGCUGAAUACUUUGACUGCGAGGGCAUCCGCACUGCCUUCUACUCUGCCACGCUUGUGGAGGAGGAGCUCAAGCGAGAGGCGGAGGCCGCCCGCCAGGAGUCCUUUCCCGAGCUCAAAGAGCUGCGCGAGGCUGCCGAUGAGAUCCAGCAGUCGCUGAACAAGGUCGAGGGCGCACUCGAUGCCAUCGAACGAAAGCUGCAGCCGGAGGAAGUGGAGGAGGAGCUGCUUGGCGACAAAAACAGUCCUCGUGUGCUCUCCCGCACGGAGAUGAUUGAGUUUCUGCGGCGCAUCUACACAGGGCCCCGCCACACGGAUCAGCAUGUCACCAUCGGCAUGGUCGGCUAUCCCAAUGUGGGCAAGAGCAGCACCAUCAAUUCCCUGAUGACAGUCAAAAAGGUGUCGGUGUCGGCCACACCCGGCAAGACCAAACGCUUCCAGACUCUGUAUCUGGACAACGAUAUCAUGCUGUGCGACUGCCCGGGCCUGGUCAUGCCCAGCUUUGUGCUGACCAAGGCGGACAUGCUGUUGAACGGCAUACUGCCCAUCGAUCAGAUGCGCGACCAUGUGCCCGCCGUCAAUCUGCUGUGCGAGCGCAUACCGCGCCACGUUCUCGAGGACAAGUAUGGCAUUGUGAUAGCCAAGCCCGUCGAGGGCGAGGACAUGGAACGUGUUCCGCACUCCGAGGAGCUGCUCCUCGCCUACGGAUACAAUCGGGGCUUCAUGACCUCCAACGGGCAGCCGGAUCAGGCACGUUCCGCCCGUUAUGUGCUCAAGGAUUAUGUCAAUGGAAAGCUGCUGUAUGCCAUGGGUCCGCCGUCAGUCAUACAGGCCGAGUACCACAUCUUUCCCGAGCGCCAGCGCAAGGCCAUCGAGGAGUCACAGCUGCCCAGCCAACAGCAGCGCGCCAUGCGCAUCGACAAGAGCACGUCCAAGGAGCUGGACCAGCAGUUCUUCGAUGACAAGCCCACCCAUGCCCAUGUCAAGGGACGCACCAAUUUCCCAAAUGUGCGCCUGGCCAACGACGGCACUUUGGAGGCGAACGCAGGCCCCACAGCCAAGCCCUGGCGCCAUGUCAAGAAGGAGCGCCGCGAGAAGCUGCGCAAGAAGUUCUCCCAUUUGGAUGAGCACUAGGUGCCAAGCAACACUAUUUAUAAUGUACAUUAUUAGGAUUAAAAUUACCAUUUACCUACGCAUGAAAGUAAAUG